ACGAAUUGGAUAACACAACGCUGAAAAUUUGUGGCAUAAUUACAAAUUUUUAAAAUUAUAAAUUAAAAUUAACGAAAAAUGUUCAAACUAAUUAGUCAACAAAUGCGUCAAGUGAAGCAGAACUUGAUACGUCGUCAAAUGCAGACAACUCCUGCAGUUUUAAGUAGUAAACAGACAUCAGAUCAGUUAAUCGAUGUUACCAAGGCCUUAGAAGGUUGGGAUAACAAACUGAAAGAGGCUGGCGUUGGUGAUAUAGAGUUUAAUUUGAAAUGUUUGGUGGCUCAUGUGCUGAAAAGGAAAUUUAAUACUUUGCCCAACUAUAACAAUGUACAAUUCAAUGGCAAGCAAUUGAAAGAAUUUGAGAGACUAUGUGAAGCCCGCUGCGCCCGUAUGCCUUUACAGCAUAUCCUGGGAGAAUGGGAUUUUAUGGAUAUUACCUUGAAGACAGCACCCACAGUGUUUAUACCUCGUCCUGAAACUGAGGAGUUUGUAGCCAAAGUUAUAGAUGUUUACCGCAAUGUUCAAGAGCCCAUUGAUAUGCUAGAGGUAGGCUGCGGUUCCGGCGCUAUGUCUUUGGCCAUUCUCCAUGCUUUGCCCAAUGUUAAGUGUACCGGAGUUGAACGCAGCAAAGCUGCCACUGCCUUAGCUUGGGAAAAUGCUAAAUAUUUAAAAUUACAUGACCGUUUCAAGAUUUUCAAUCAUACUACCGCGGAAAAUGAUUAUUUGCCCAAGGAAUUGGAGGGACGUAAAUUUGAUGUCAUAAUUUCCAAUCCUCCUUAUGUCAAGACUGAAGAGUUUGCUUUACUGCAGCCGGAAGUUAAAUUAUAUGAAAACCUUAAUGCCUUAGAUGGUGGUCCAGAUGGUCUACGCAUUGCCCGCUUGGUCUUUGACUGUGCUUGCGAACAUUUGAAAUCUGGUGGCAAACUAUGGUUGGAAUUGGGCAGUGAACAUCCUCCUUUAGUUAAGACCAUAAUGAAUCUACAAUAUGAGGGUCGUUUGCGUUUUGUUUCCAGCUUCAUGGAUCAAUAUCAACGUGAUCGUUUCGUUGAAAUUGAAAAAGUUUAAUAGGUCGCCAUCAUAUUGAUGUUUAAUUUUGUGUUUUUUUAGACAAACGUGUGAUAUUUAAGUGAUCUUAAAAUGUUGUAAUGUUUAGUAGAAAUGUUAGUGGAAUUUUUUCAAUUUAAAGUAUUUUCUUUAGUAGUUAAGACGCUUUCAAAAGAGAACGAGAUAUUAGAAAAAAUAAAAUGGAUACUGACCAGACGAUUUUUAAAGAAAUAUCGUUAAAAAGAUUUUAUCAGAAA